AUACUCUCUUAUUAACGUAUAAUUAUUGUAAGAUAAUAAAAGUAUUACUUCUAUAUAAUAGACACUAUAAUUAUAUAACCUUCGUUUGUAUUAAUGGCUAAAAUUGAUUUAGAAACAGUGGGGUUUUGCAUUAUUGAUUUGUAAUUAGUAAAUGGUUACAAGGGUUGGAAAAUCAGAUUGAGGUGUAAACUAGGGAGUGCCAGACACAAGUAUUCAUUAAUAACCACACCCUUUUAUUUAGCACAGGCACAAAAGAUAUAGAGCCACAUAGUGUGCCUGUUAGGGUUUCAGUUACAAGCAUUCUCUCAACCAGAAUGUAUCAAAAUUUCUAAACCUUUGAUGUAAUCAGUUUUUAUAUUAAGUGAAAGAAAUUGGAGUCUUCAACGGUAGUGAAUAUUUCAUUAUAUUUUUGAUGAUAUAUACAAAGAACGUACAUUAUUGUAUAUAGUUUCGAUUUCCUAAAAUCGUACUUUUAUACGGAUUAAAAAAAAAAUAUUUAUGUAAAUAAUUAUUAGUAUUAUGGAAAACACGAGUAAUACUUCUUGAGAUUUUCAGAGUUGUCACAUUAUGAAAGAAAUGGAUGAGUCAACUAUCGCAUCACUUUUGCCUUCGUCAUCUUUUUCACCGUGUUCACCUAAUGAAAUAGCUAUACGUCCAGGAGAUUGUGUUGAAGGUGGUGUUGAACAGUGGUUAGAAGAUGAAGCGCUACCGGGAUUUCGUGUUUGGCAACUUGCUGGUAUUAUUCUUUCUGUUUUACUUAGCGUGUUAAUUGCUCUCUGUUGUUGCAUUCGCUUCAGAGUACCACGGACCAAGCAAGAAAUAGAAGCUGAUUAUAUUCGAAAAAAAAUCACAAAAAGUUUCAGACAUGAAUUAUCUAAAAUCAGUAAUAUAGAAAUGGAUGAAAUGGAUUUGAAGAAAGCAUUAAAUAAAAUUCAAAAUAAAUUUGAUACGGAAACUCAUGAAGUGCAGAAAGAACAUCAAGAAAAAACUCAUAAAAGUAUACAACACGGAUUACGAUCAAGAUUCAAUGCAAUGUUUAGUAUAAUUCAUUUUAAUAAACAAGAAUAUACUAAAGCUGACGAUAUAAUUUAAUAAAUUAUGCAGAUCGUUACAUAUUUUUGUAAAAAUAAUAGCAAAAAUUAUAUUUUCAUAUUUGUUUAUAUUCGGUAAUGAAUUUUCUGAAAUAAUAGUACAGUUAAAAAUUGGUGUACUCUCCAUUUAAAAUUGUCUAUGAAAUUUUAAGCAUGUUUUAUAGAAAUAUAACAUUUUAAACAUAAUAAGUAAACUCUACACAGUAUUAAUUGACUAAAUAUAAUCUUUAUUUGAUGAGUAUAAUACAGAAAUCAAGUUACUUUACAUGCAACAAUAAUCUACACCAAAGGAUAAUAUAUUUUGGAAAGCACUUAAUGGGACUAUGAUGUACAUUACCUACCGCAUUACGUUUUAAUUAUUUAUGUUAUUAUCUGUUUAGUACUGUUAAAAGUGCAGAUUUGCCACUAUUAUUAAAUAAAAUAAUAGUUUACAAACUAGCAAUUUUAAAUGAAACUUUGCUUACGACAAGAAAAAAUCACAGUACAAACUUCACGUUGUUAUUAAUGAUUAAUAGAGCACUGCUGUAUUUGUCUUCAAACGAUGUUAAAUUUUUAACACCAUCAUUACAAUUAUAAUACAUAUAAGAAACAAAAUUUGUAGAUAAAUU